GAAAGAAGAGUUGAUAAAAUGGUAAAAGAAUACCAAACUGUCUUAUUUAGAAAAAACAAUAAAGUUUUAGAUUUAAAGUUGAAUGAAGCAUUAAUUUCUUUUGCUAAAGUAUCAGAAGAAGAAAAAAAAGUUGCCAAAGAAAUUACUGAGUUAGAAAAAAAAUAUAAUCCUCAAGUUCUUCAAGAACAAACUGAUUUAGAAAAUAAGAUUGAUAUCAUUGUCACCAAAUUGAUAGACGAUCUAAAGCCUGGUAACAUUGGUUAUAAGUUUUUGGAACAUAUAUUCAAUUGUAAUAGAAAUUAUUCAAAAGUUAUGUAUAGCACUGUUGUACGAACUGAUACUGCUUAUGGAUCAAUUACCUAUACUGGUUAUAAUGGGAAUAGUAAGCCUUAUACUCAUACAAUUUAUCUAACAGAUGAUUUACCAGAUAAACUUUUUGAAUAUGUUUCUUCUUCUGAAUGUUCAUGGAACAAUGAUGAUAAGAAAAAAUUUAAAGAAGAAAACGGAGGUAGUAAAAAUAAAGUGUUUAUUAGUGAUCUUUUUUAUGUCAUGCAUACCCUCUUUCCCAAAGAUAGUAAUUACUCAGAUAGAGCAGAUGCCAGCAUUAUUGGGACAAGGUAUGCUGAUGUUAGUGCAAAUAUUCUUAAAGCUCCUUUUGAUGUUGAAGAAAAACAUUUAACUUGGGCGAAUGUAGUUGCCAAAGAUUUAGUUGGAAGAGAAAAAAUUAGGGGGGAAAAAAUAACUGUUUAUGAGAAGAAGUUACUUUCUGAAGACACAACCUCAAUUAUUUCUCCUUUUACCCGUGGUACACAUAGGGGAUUAGGUUUUCUAUAUGCUAAUAAUUAUAGAGAACAUGUUAAGAAUUUAGUCAUAAAACAAAAAGACCCAACAGGAGAUCCUUUAAUUAAUGUGGACGAAUUUAGAAAAGAAGUCAUGGGAUCCCUUGCUAAGUUCAGAGCUGAUGCAAAAGGAUUGACUUUUGAGCAAUUAGAGGCUAGAAAGACUGAAUUUGAUACUACUCAAAUUAAGUCAAUAGUUCUAAGAUCUAUAGGUUUAGAAAGCAUUCAUGCAGAAUUAGGAAAAAAAAGGAGUGAAUUAACUAAAAUUAGUCUUCAAAAAGCUGAUAAAAAACAAAAACUGAUCCAAAUCCAAAAUCAAAUUAAGGAUUUUGAAACUAAUCAAAUUAAUCACUUACGAACUCAACUUAAAAAUUUAGGAGAUAAAUUAACUAAUCCGAGUGAUGAAAAUAUUAUCACUUAUCAAGAAGCGAUUGUGAUUAGAACUUUGAUUUACUUCUUAACCGAUUUAGAAAAGGAGGGCAAAUUAGAAACUCCCCUUACGGCUACUGAAAAAGGAUAUUUAACUAAAGUAGAACAAUUAGAGACUUUAAAUAAUGCUCAACAACCAUUGGGUCUUAGUUCAGAAGAAGAAACCGAAUUAUUGGCAAUUACUAAUUACUUAACUAAUCCAGAAUUAAGAAGUGAAAAUCUUCGUUCAGUUUUCAAUAUUGAUUGUGAUGUUGCUCCUUCUUUAGUAGAACAAUGA